UCCUUGCUUGCCGUCUCUGCAUUGCAAUUGCAUCCCCUUUCCUUUCUCUUCUUCUCUCCCGCAAAUUACUCCUUUCUGCAUCCCCCCGUUGCGUCGCGAUCGCCGCCUUCCAGCCCCACCGCUACCCAGAUCGAUCGCCUUCCAGGGCGCUCUCGAGCCCACGGAGAUUGAUUAUUUAUUCACUGACUGGGCGCCGCCGCCGUGCAUCAGUUCUGUUCAUCGGCCGGAACGGGAGAAGAAGAAGAGGUGUUUGUGAUGGGGCGGCUCUUCUUGAUGAGCCUGGCGCCCACCGGCGCCAUCUACUCCUGCAAGCACUGCCAGACCCACCUCGCCUACGCCCACCACAUCGUCUCCAAGAUGUUCCGCUGCAAGCACGGCAAGGCCUACCUCUUCGACAAGGUUGUCAAUGUGAAUGAUGGGGAGAAGGAUGACCGGAUGAUGACCACCGGCCUGCACACCGUCUGCGACAUCUUCUGCGUCGGCUGCGGAGCCAUCCUCGGAUGGAAAUAUGUUUCUGCAUUUGAGAAGAGCCAGAGGUACAAGGAGGGCAAGUUCAUCCUUGAGAGGUGCAAGAUACACGGUGGCGGCCCUACCGAUCGGAUCCAGCUGUGGGCUGAGCAUGAUGCUCGGAUUAGCGAGAGCGAGGAUGAUGAUCAGGACACCAUGUGACCCACAAUGCAAGAUUAAUUAGGCUUGUUCGUCGCAUGACAGGCAUGACUGUAAAUUAUUACUGUUAGUCGUCUUUCCACCGGCAAGGUAUUCUCCCGUGCAAGCUGCAUUGUAGCUGCUACAUGAGGAACCCUGCCUGUGCCUAUCUAUAGCACAAUAUGAAUCGCCACAGUCGUCGUUCAUGUACAUAUAUGAAUGUGUGUCCAAACAAUAAAAUCUCCAUCCAUUCCAUAUUUUCCA